AUGUCUGAACCAUUAAAAUAUUCAAAAAGAAAAUUGGAUUUAAUUCCAUUUAAUAAUCAAGUUGAAUUUAUUGAUAAAGUUAUUGCCAAUAAUUCAAAACAUCAAUCUCAUCAAAAUUAUGGUUCUUCAAGGUAUCAUCAUAAUAACCAUCAUCAACAUCAACAACAGCACCAUGCGCAGCAACACAAUCAGAACCAACAACAAAAUAAUAAAUAUGCAUUAGCUGCAGUUGCAGCUGCCGCUGCUGUUCAACAUCAACAACAACAAAGUUAUUUACUUCAACAACAAGCUCAACAACAAGCUCAAAACCAAAGACAAGUCAAACAACAACAGCAACAAAAAUUUUAUCCAGGGUCCUAUCAACAGCAACAGCAAGGCUACAACCAACAGUAUCAGAAUCAACAAACCAAUUCUCCACAAAUCUUUGCUACUCACCAUCAACAACAGCAACAUCAUCAAGUUCCACAAAUAUUUGCAGAUAUGCCUGUUUCAUCUAUUUUAGGUGAAAAUCAAUAUCAACAACAGAUCCCCCCUCAACAACAACAGCAGCAGCAACAACAGCAACUGCCAUAUUCAAUUAUGAAUUCAAGUACUGUUAUUUCCCCCGAAACUCCAUUAUCAGGAAAUACAACCGGUGGUAUUGAUUUACAAAAUAAUAAUUUCAUGUUAUAUAAUAAUGGAUCAUCGCAUUCAAUUCCUUCUCCAAAUGGACAAUAUAUCCCUCAACAACAGAAACAAUCAUCUACUUCUUCUGCGUCUUCGUCAACUACAAUCCCUCCAUCACUUCAUUCGAAAAUCUUUGAGAAUGUGGGUGCCACUAGUCCAACUAAUGAAUCUCCAAUUUUAUUACCACCAAAUGCAAAUAGUGGAAUCACGACCAAUUCAACUGGUGGUACUACUGCUAGUAAAACUUCACCACCAGGGACGAAUUUAUUUUUGUCGGGUGUGAAUGUUAAUAAGACGGGUUCUCCAUUAUUAGGGUCGACAAUUACUCCAACUGCUACCGCAACGACUAAUUUUCUUAAUUCCCCUUCAAUUUUAACCAAUGCUGGUAGUGGUAGUACUGGUGGUGGUUCGACUUGGGGUCCUAGUACUGGUGGAUCUAUUUGGGGUCAGAGUAAUAGUAUGCUUAAAUCUACUUUGACUACUGGUGGGGGGAGUAAUAAUCCAAAUGGUGGUGGUUCUAAUAAGAAUGGAAGUAAUAUUUUAUCAGGAUUUGGUCUGUCUGGUUUAUGGUAG